AGCAACCGCGCAAAAGACAGUCGCGAUGUUUGUCUAACAGAAUAACCGUCAAAAAAGUGAAUUUUCGUUCCGCAUUAAUUUAAGUUAAAAAAUUAAAACUAAUUUCUAGCUGUACGUUUCAAACUUUGUGUGAGUGUUUUGUAAGGAUUCGACUCCUCCUCCUAUUCUGCAAAUGGAUCCGAACCGCCCCUCAGACCCCACCGCCGCCCCCAACAACCAACAGCAACAAAACGUGCACCUGCACAUGCACCACAUUUGCAACUGUCAGGGCGGCCUUUACCCGACCGCGGCCGCCGCCGCCGCCGCAGCUUACUACCCCACCACGGUGGGCUACCGCACGCCCUUGCCCUCGAUCUUACCUUAUCAUCAUCACACGUCGUCGGCGGCGGCGGCAGCGGUAGCCGCCCGCCCUUAUUUGCAGCAUUACCAGUACACGCAGUUCAACGUGGGCAGCCAGUACACGGUACCGAUCGGGCACGUGUCGGGCAGCAGCAGCACUUCGGUGUACGCCUCAGGACCGGCCGCAGCCGCCGCCGCCGGUGCCAGCAGCACCAUCGAUUUGGUGUAUGCGGGGGCGGCGGCGAUCAAAGAGAAGCAACGCGGAGAGGAGGGCGGCGGCGGCGAUUUGGAGAGGAGCAACGAGGUGCCGCCCGAGGGGUUCGAUUUUGGACAGGUGACGCCGCCCGCGCACGAGUUACUUGUGACGGACGCGUCGGACAGUAGCGCGCAUCAUGAAAACUUCAUAAAAUUCCUGGAACGCAGUUGCCUGACGGCGGAACAGAUCGCCUACCGGAACCGGAACCGACCCUGUUUCCGGAACAUCCAGAACCUGUGCAUCCGCACCCGAUCGGAAAUACUGAAACCGUGCACCACCAUUUCCAAUAUACACUCGCAGGGGAUCCCGUGGGCCACCAAGGACUUUAUUUACGCCUUUGUACGACUGACGAACUGCUGGCACAUCCUCAAGGGAUAUUGGGAGAACCGUGACGGGUUAAGUUUGGGUAAAAUAGAGAAAGAGCUCACCCCCGAGUUCCGGUCCUGCUACAUGCGCUGGGAGAAGGAGUCGAUGGAGUUGGCCGGGGAGUUGGCCAAGAUCUUUUACAAUUUGGACACGAAUUUGAACACGGCCAGUUCGGGGGCGGGGGUGUAUGCCGCCAACAAUAUGAUUCCGCCCCAGAUAAACUUGAUGAAGAGCAGCGCCUCGGAGGGCACCAUUAAGAAUAAGCAGCAGCAGCAAACGGGAGGAAACGACGCAGGCAACGGCGCAGCGGCCAAGAACGUCAGAGGGAUUCUCCAUUUGCCGGGCAACGGUGGGGGAGCCACCGUUGCCGAAACGGUCGAUCAGGCGAAUCAGACUUACGCCGGGGAUUUUUGUCAUAACGACGAGGAGUACGACUCGGAGGGCGAGCGGACCAGACGGGUCUAUAUGAAACCGGGCAGUUACAGCGUGCCGAAAAAAGGUUUAGAAGCGGCAACGUCGUCGGUCGGGGGUGCGGUGGGGGGCAGCAACAGCCCCCGCGCCAUUGAGUUUUUGGAAACGGCUCAGAACGUUAAUAAGGCCCGGGAAACGGUUAGCGAGCGCUAUUGGGCGAACAUUCAGCUGUCGAACGUCACCAAGAAGGCUGAACAACAGCAGCAACAACAACAGCAGAAAGAAUAUCAUAUUUUAGAGGAGGAAAUGGAAGAGGAGGCCAGGUUGAACCUUUCCGCGCAUAUUAACGUGCACGAGUGGCUGAUCAACAGUAAUUUCGGGGAUUUUGGCGAGGCGAAGUCGCCGCACGCGCAUCAGGAGUUGAAAUCGUUUUACCUGGAUAGCGUUUAUGACAGUUUGCCGCAGCUCGAUAGUCCCGUGUCUGGAGAUGGAAAUGGGGCUGCCGUUACGUUGCUGCAACGUACAAAAUCGAUGCAAGUCCCCUCUAAGCUGGUGAACGUGCAAAAACAAACGCCGAUCGGUAGCGCGGGUCGUUUGAUCCGUAAACAGCAGCAGCAGCAGCAGCAGAAGGCGUCGUCGGGCGGCGCCGCGACGGCGUUGCCGAUGAUGGAGAUGGCGCCGCGACGCCUUUUGAACCCGUACGAGUUGAAGGGCGGCGGGUUGACGGAGGCGGCGCAGUGCGUCCUGGAGAAUUUGGUGGGGAGUCUGAAGGGUCACGUGUUGGGACCGUUGGCCCUCGAUGGAGAGAAGGACCUUGAAAAGAUCUUGCAAAAGAUUAAAAACCUGGAAUACUCGUACGUCAACGAAGUCGUAAGGGACCUCCGCUACUUCAUCAAGAUAUGGGAAGAGAUCGAUAUUCACAACGUGGGUUGGUUCUCGCAAAAGUUGGACAUUUUACUGGUGGAGAACUUCUCGCCCUUUGAUUUUAGCGGGAUCGCGGGCCUCUUGAACGAAAUUGUCGGCCCGUUAAAGCAUAACGUUUUGACGUUAUUUGGCAACGACUGCGACCCGUUUUAGUCGAAAUGUUGUUUUAACGUUUUCUUUGUUAAUUAGUUGCGAAUGUGUUUGCCUAUUUAAAGAGAUAUUUUAAGAAAUAAUUACCAAAAAAAAAAUGUUCCUGUAUGUUAUGCUAUUAACGUUAAAACUUGCUUGUUUGUUAUUACAUUUAAAAAAAAAUUGUUUCUUAUUGUUAAGGUUCUAUUUUGUAAAAGUUAAUAAAAAUUAUUUUUGUAAU